AUGAAGAUGAAUGAAAUUACCCAUAAACUUGAAAAAGCUAACUUAACAGAAUCUUCAAGUAAUGAAGAAACCACUUCAUCGUCAAGCGAAGAUGAAUCCGAAGCUCUGCCCCAAUUUGCUGUUGCAAUGUGGGAUUUCAAUCAAUGUGAUCCCAAAAAAUGUUCUGGUAGAAAAUUGGCCAGAAUGAACUUGGUUAAAUGCUUGCGACAGAAACAACGUUUUCACGGAUUAGUUUUGACCCCAACUGGAGACAAAUGUGUUAGUCCAGAAGAUAGAGAAAUUGUUGAAAGUAAAGGAAUUGCAGUAGUAGAUUGUUCUUGGGCCCGAAUAGAUGAGACUCCUAUAGCAGCUUUGAAGCCGAAUCAUGGGCGACUUCUUCCAUUUUUAGUGGCUACAAAUCCAAUUAACUAUGGAAAACCAUGCCAGUUAAGCUGUGUUGAAGCUAUAGCAGCUGCAAUGUACAUUACUGGAUAUAAGAAUGAAGCAAGAUUAUACAUGAGUAAAUUUUCCUGGGGCCAUUCUUUUGAGGAAUUAAAUAAGGAACUACUUGAUAUAUAUGCUUCCUGUACUGAUAAUAAAUCUGUGGUUGAAGCUCAAAAUGAAUAUAUAAAGAAGGAACAAAAGAAACAAGAAGAGGACAGACAAAUGGUACCAGAUUUUCCUAGUACAAGUGAAUCAAGUGAUAGUGAUUAG